AUGUACCGGGGCGUAAAACAAAACGAUGAGCUACGCGUUGAAGUGGAGCAGCUUUCAUCGGCACUCUCCUCGGCAACCACAUUCAUCAAGGACACCACCGAAAAUUAUACAGCACUUCGUGAACAGCUAAUCGAAAGCGAUCGCAUUAUUGAUCGUUUGACGACUGAUAACGAGCUACUCACGAAAAAACUUGAGGAUGAAAAAGCAACAACAGUGGACAAGCUGGAAAGUAAUGGUGAAAGUUCGCUUCAACAGUACAAGGAUCUGCUUCGAGACAAGGACGAUCAAAUCGAGGCGCUGCAGCAGAAAUUCGAAACAUUACAG